UGUGUGUGUGUGUGUGUGUGUGUGAAUAAUCACCAACCUUUAAGUGGGCUGUGAAUGACAAGGGAUGAGGGGGUGCAGAAGUCAAAGAUGUUCACUUGCACGGUAGUUUCAAAUAAUUAGAACACAUGUACCGGUAGUUAAAAAUAACCUGUCAAUAUUCAAGUAAAGUCAAAUGCUGAUUUAAAGGAAAUAAGUAAAUGUUGGAUAACUGAUGAACUACCACUGGAGCAAUGGAAAAAAAGGUUUUAAAUUCCACAUUUUUAACAUCCACACUUUUUAUAUUAGUAUCAGCAUCAACUCAUCAAAAUAUGCAAAUUUGUGUCAAAUGGUGUGAACUUCUGUGUUAAUGACACGUUCUUUCAAAAUAUCAGGAAACAUAAUGUCAAUUUGUUAGCAUUGAGAAGGCUCUAAAUACAGUGAAAUUUCCUUAUAAUUUCGUGCCAUGUAGGCCAAUAAAAUGCAGUGGUGAGAGAGGCAAAAUAGAGAAGAAGGUUUACAAUAGCCUUCUAAUGCAAAGUUCAAUAUUGUUUGUUUUUGUCCGUUUCACAUUUAUUGCGUUGGCUUUAAGUAUAUCAAAUGUAGGUUACGAUUGAAUGCUGACGCCUUUGUCAAACAGUGUAUGUCCAACAACGAGUUUCAUGGCUCACCACGGACACCUAGUGGCUGAAUGAGCUUAACGCUACAGGCACGCCUAAAUGGGCAGCUUUCAUUUUCAUUUUUUAAAUGUUAUAAUUCGAUACCCUAAUUAUAAUAGGGAUAACUAUGUUGGGAUAGGGAUAGCUAUGAUAACUAGCCUACUAAGAGAAGUAGACCUUAUCGCUUAAAAGACUAAGCAACGCCAAAAAACAUGCUAUUUCGAACAGUGCUAGAGAAUGUGUAGGCUACUUUUGCAUAGGUAGGCUAUAAUGAUAAUGUUAAAACCAUAGACAGUAAAAUAAAUGCGUAGCCUACACACGAACCGCUAAAUUGCAAUAACAUUGUUGGACAUUGUAGCCUAUAUUGUACAUUCAGUGAUUCUGUAUUUAAAGGCUACUGUCAAUGUGUCACCCUCACAUAAUAUGAGUAAUAGCAAGGCUAUUAAAGACCGCCCUACCAAAAUUAAUAUAUGAAUACUUUCCAAAGUAGCCUGAAAAGGAAUACCUUCAACUGUUUCGCAUAUUUAAUUCACUGCACUGGCCUGUACCGUCGCAGUCGCCUGAUAGUCUAGUCGGAACCAAUGCCACGGAAAAAAGAUUCCCCCCGUUCAUGAUUGGUGAACGGAUCUGUGUACUUCCUUGUUUUUAAAUGUGAAGUCUAACAACUGGAGUGGCUCUAAUGUAUUGAAAACAAAGAUUGUCUUCAUUUGGUGACUCGUGGCAUUUCACUGGUUAAAGGGAAGGACCGUCCAUGAAGCAUGAUGUAAAGGUAGACUGCUCAGUUCAGUAGAACUAUGGGACAGCAGUGCCCAAUUUGCCUGAAGCAAUUUGCCUUUGCCUCCAGACUUCAGCGCCAUCUUCUUAUGCACGAAGGGCAGAAGCCGUACUCCUGUGUGCUGUGCUCAAGAGAUUUCUGCCAGUCGGCAGAUCUGAAGAGGCACUUGGAGACCCAUGUAAAUCUCGACCCCAAUGCAAGAACUGAUGAAGAGGUGGAUUUAUACCCACCGCCCACAGCUGCAAGGGAUUUGUCUGUCCAGGACAGCCACCUUUUGGAAUCCAGUCAUGACAACUCCUCGGGUUAUUUCAAUCUCAGCGAACAACCAGAGAUGACUGGCAGCAUAACUGACCCCUGGAAUUGUUACAGAUGGAAUGACACAGAGGUUUUCACAGAAAGUGAAAAAAUGAAGGAAAAAGUAUUCAGUUCUCCUAGGAACCCCAACAAACAACCCAGGCAAGGCACUGUCGCCAGGGGAAGGCUUCAUCAGUGUAUGGUUUGUUCAAAACAUUUUGGUUCUCCAUAUAAACUGAAGAGACACCAGCUCAUCCACACAGGUGAGAGACCCUUUAAGUGCUCUCUCUGUGACAAAGCAUUUACACAGCUGUCCCACCUGAAACUUCAUUCAAAGUCUCACUGCAGAAGGAAUUCUGUGAAACUCCCAGUAGUUGUGUUAGAUCACCCGAAGAGUCCAACACAGAGUCGAUCAGCUGAGUCAUAUCCCACCCAUUUGCAUGGUAAGACUGCUAUUAGUAGCCCAACACAUGCAGACGUGUCAGAGGUUGCAAAGCCUCCUGGCUUCACACUUGCAGACAGCUCACCUUCAGAAAUUUGGGAACAAGCUCUUGCUAAGCCCUCCUAUGUGGUAGAAUCUCCAUGUGAGAUUAUACAGGUCAGUGAGCAGCAUCUUACUUUACAAGUGAAGGCCUCAUAUGCCUACGAUGACAUUCCCACACUUGACCAAGCCACAACUGGUAAACUGAGUGACUGCAAAGGUCAGAGGUCAGAUGUAUCACCUCCCAAGAAACUUAGCCAAAGCAUAUCUGAAGUAGAAGUGCACAGUCAUUUAGAUAAUCAAAUGGUUCCAUCUUAUGUUUCAAAACCUCAUGAGUUAUUGGUCACUGGACAAGAUGAAAGGUCAUCCAAAAAAGGCUCAUAUGAAUGUCAGACUUGUUUCAAGAGUUUUUCGGUUCCUUCCAAGCUGCACAGGCACAUGUUGACUCAUACUGGACAGAGGCCCUUUUCAUGUCAUAUUUGUGCCAAAUCGUUUAGGCAGCUAUGCCACUUGAAGCUUCACUUGCACACCAAAGUUUGCCUUAAGCAACCCAGCAAGUCAGUCAAGAGAAAAGUGAGGAACAUCUUUCAUAAUUACCCUAAAGAAAGUGGAUCUUUGACCACUGUGCCCAAAAUUGAUGCACACAACGAUAUGAAUGAUUGCACAACUGCAGCCCAGAACUACUCUAGUUUGGGUACUUGUGUGCCAAACUUCUUAGCGGUUAACAGGGUCAGAGGAAAAACAUCAAAUUCAAUUGAGCCCAUACCCCAUCAUUCUGCGUACCAUAGCCAAUAUGGGUCAAAACCUUCUGACCAAACGUCAGAGAAGAGUCUCUCCGAUUUACCUGAGACUGUCAGUUUAAACUGCAGAAUUGUCCACGAAUGUCCUGUGUGCUUUAAAUACUUUAGUUCCCCAUCCAAGCUGAAAAGACACUGCUUGAUUCACACAGGCCAAAGACCCUUCCAGUGUUCCAUGUGUCAGAGAGCUUUUAGGCAGCUUGUCCAUUUGAAGGUCCACUACAGGGUUCAUGAGAGAUCAGGAAGGAAGACGCCCUAUUUGCAAAGGCAAGGGUUUAAAAACCACCACAGUCGAGCAUCAACCCCUCAACAGAAAGCCUUCACGUGCAACCAGUGUGGUUGGAAAUUCAGACAUCAAACUCACCUUACUGUUCACCUUCAAAGCCACAAGAGCUUAGUUGGAACUACACCUGUCAGUACCCUGAUAAAAACAUCUAAACACCAAAAUCAAAUGUCUUCAGAAGUACAGAAAACUAAUGAACCUACUAAAGAAUGUAUCUCUGGUCAGAGUGUGUGUAUUGGAAGAAAAAAUCUAGAUAAUAUCCCAUGCAAAACUCAGCGUGACUCCUUGACCAGUGAUAUCAGAACACACAAACAAAGUCCAUACUGUUGCUCUGUAUGUUUCAAAUGCUUUGAUUGUCCAUCAAGACUGCACAGACAUUCCUUAUGUCAUUCGGGACUGAGGCCAUUCAAGUGCCUAUUGUGCUCCAAAGACUUUAGACAGAGGGCCCACUUGAAGGUACAUAGGUGCCAGAGCAAGGAAGAAACACGAUGGUCAAAUGGUCAAAGUCAGUCUGCCAAGUACUGUUACCCAGCAAAAGGAGAUAAUGUCAAACCUGUUAAUGUAAUCCCAAUGGAAGGAUCCUCCAAUAGAGAUCAAGUGGACCUUAAUGCUUCCUUGGAUUUUGUUAGGGGAAAAAGGUACCCUCCAGUCAUACUAGAACCCACAUAUGUUCAGCAGAAGACUACAGUAAAACCUACAAAACAGCAAAAAGGACAUCCUUGUACAAUAUGCAAGAGGCACUUCAGUGUUCCCUCCAAACUUGCUAGACACUUAUUAAUUCAUAUGGGCGUAAAGCCGUUCACAUGUCAAGUUUGUGGCAGGUCGUUUAGACAGUCAUGUCAUCUGCAGACUCACCUGAAUGUUCACAGGAAGAGGAAGUUCGUUGGAACUCUGAGUAGUGGAGAGAAUGGUAGGCAAGAUGCGGCUUCCAAACCAGACCAUCAGUUUCAACCUCAAAACAACAGCCUCCUGAAACUAAGCACAGUCACAAAGCAAAACACCAUUAAGAGCAGUACACCUCAAAGCCAUAGCUUGGAGCGUCGGGUAUCUGUAAAGGAAGCAGGAGGUAAAAGUGAGCAAUUGUUUCCAUCAAAGUAUAAUCAGAGUUUAGCCAAAAAUGGCUGUGAUGUUAGAUAUGUAGAGACGACUUCAGAUCAGUGGCAUGGAAACACGUCUUCACAAUCUCACAGUUUCCAUACACAUGAGGGAAAUGGGGGGCUAUCUGUCGACAGAGAAGUUAACUACGCCCCUGAAUUUACCCCAAUGCACCCGAUUCUACAUAGAGUACAGAAUAGCAAUGCUGAUGCAUAUCCUGAAAAUCAAAUAUUUAUUGACCCUUCCAAUAAUACCACUGAACCGUAUAAGCAUACUCCAUUCAGAAGUGAACGAGCAUCAUCGUCAGUGGGAAUGCAGAUACCUGUUAGGAAAAGAGCAAAUCGCUGUUCAAUUUGCCUCAAGAAGUUUGACUCUCCGUCCAAACUGGCAAGGCACUUCCUUAUCCACAUGGGGCUCAAGCCUUAUAAAUGCCAGGUUUGCUCAAAGUCUUUCAGGCAGCUCUGCCACCUGCAGACUCACAAGAAAGUACAUGACAAGAACACUCAGAACUUGGUCUCUGGUAGUGCAGUAAGUCAGCCCGCUAGUGGGGAUGUAGAGUCUGCAAGUAACAGUUUUGAUGCAGUUCUUCAACAAGGCGAUCCAAGCCAGAGUCUGCAUUUUCCACAAAUUGACACCUCCCGUGACAAGGAUCAUCAUGAAAGUAGCCAGUCACUUAUCUCUUUUGUCAAUGAACCUGGCCAUUCAGAGUUGAACAUUUCAGAUAAUGGUUUUGCUAAUGUCAGUGAUCACAAGCAAGAAGCUAAUUAUUUCAUGAUACAGCCAUUGACACAACUCCCGUCAGCUCAAAACAAGGAAGAUUUUACUGAUUCACAGCAAAACAUAGCAAGGGUGUUACCAAGUCAACUGCCUCGACAGAACCGUGAUCCCCAGGAGAUCAGACAAACCACUACUUCCCCUGCUGGCCCCACACAUACAGUUGCAAAUGCCACACUGGAACAUACUGGAAAGGAACAGAAAGCAGAAGAAUGCCAUAGCGCCAAUCAGUUUGAAUACUUCAUGGAGAAGGUGAAAAUCUCUGGAGAUGAUGGACUGGAUUUGGCAGAGGUCUCUCAUACCCCUAGCUCUUAUUCUGCUCAGGCACACCUCAAAGAGGAGGUUUUUGAGCUGCAGUUUGAAAUGGAAGGGGUGGAUAGUCGCCUGUCUAAGCCUCCCAACGACCUGCUCAUCUGCCCAGGCUGCAGUCGGUGCUUCGCUACAGAGCGGAAGCUCAGCUCCCACAAGUGUGCGUCACGACAGACUGAAGAGCUUGAGAAGCCAAAAAGUGGUUACCAGUGUGCCAUCUGCUUCAAGAGUUUUCAGGUGCCAUCUAAGCUAAAGAGACAUUAUGUCAUCCAUACAGGACACAGGCCCUUUCAGUGCUCAGUUUGUUCAAAGACCUUCACCCAGUCUACCCAUCUAAAGACUCACCUUCACACUCACAAGUAGGAAAAGGAGUCAAAGAGUGUUAAAGCACUCGGAAAUGUACUCUUGUAUAACACCUUAAAGUAAAAAUGUUAUAUCCAGGUUCAUUAUGUUUCUGAUGAAAAUAUAUUGUGGUUACCACAUUUGUAAAUAGUUGGCCCUAUGUAAGUAUUUAUAGGAAAGAAAAUGUAGUUGUUGAUAUUAAAAAGAAUCCUUGCACUAUUUAUGACAUUCUGCUUGAUAUGCAAGCAGUAGUUUUGAGUUUUACAUUUAUGACAGUAUGUUCUCUCAACCGUGAUAUUUAUUUUGAUUCACCUUUGUAUGUGUACAUAUUUCCAUAAAAAAUAUUUACUGUAAUAAACAUGUGAAUUAAUGUAUCUGUUGUAUAUAUUUAGGAUAGAUAUAGUCUAACUGUUGCACUUUUCAUUGCUGGACUUAUUUGAGACUAGGAAUUGUGACCUGGAAAUCAUGGUAACCUAGACUAAAUUAAGGUUUACAUGAGAAAAGUAUUGCUAUUGCCUGGAAAAUGCUCUUACUCACCAAACUUAUGUAAGGCAAACAGUCAUAUAGACUGUUAUAACAUAUUUGCACUGAUGCACAUACAUAGGCUUAGGGUAGUGAACUAUAAUCUG